AUGGUGCGGAGGCCACAGAAGAGUGGGACACAGCACCCUGGAACCACAGGCUGGGAUGGCUGUGUGGCAGUGCGGCCACCAGGUGGUGCCAUCUACCCGCGUUUGUUCCGGGAGCCCAGUGAUGGGGCCCUGCCUCCCACAAUGUGGGAGGGGGCCACUGUGCCCAUCCCUACAGAGGCUCUGAGGAGCAUGGAUGGUUACUCUGGGCCCAAGGACCUGGUGUACACCAUUAAGCAGCCCAGCAAUGGGUGGGUAGUGUGGUGGGCGGUGCCAGGCACUGAGGUGCGCAGCUUCAUGCAGACCCAGCUGGAUGGCAGGCUCCUUCUGAGUGACGGCCCAGAAGCAAGUGCUUCACUCGCUGGAGGGCAGCCGGACACUGACUGCCCAGGUGGGUUUGCUGAUUGUGGGCGUUCCUGGGUGCGGGGGGCUGGGGCAGAGCUGAGGGUGGCAUGCCAGGGUCACACUGCCUCUCUGCAGCCACAGGCCUCGGCCUGGAUCACAAAGGCUGAUGGCCCCUUUUGCCUCUGGCAGAGUCCGUCCAGCCACUCAGCAGCCAGAGCCUCAGAGCCAGCAGGCACCAACCCCCAGCUCCUGCUCUACCAUGUGGUGCGGGGCCUCCAGCUAGGCCGGCUCUUCCACGCCCAGCAUGACAGCACAGGGGAGGACCUGGUGAACUUCACUCAGGCAGAGAUCCCGGAGUUCAUCAUCUCGGAGCCGCUGGCCAAUAAGUACUCGUGUGGGAACCAGAACACACUGAUGGAGGAGUUGGCAGAGCAGGCACAGCAGCACGACGAGAUGCUGCACAUGCACCACGCGCUGAAGGAGGCGCUCAGCAUCAUCGGUGACAUCAACAGGACCACUGUCACCAUGCCCAUGCCCCCGCCCGUGGACGACACCUGGUUGCAGGUGCAGAGCAUCCCUGACGAACACAGGUACCAGAGACUGCCCCCCACGGCCCCAAAAUCCCCCACCCGGGAUGCCCAGAGGAGUGCCCUGGGGGCAAGUGGCACACCCCCUCACCGGGGUGGCUCCCACCUGGAGUGACGGGGGGAGCUUGACAAGGAGCACUGGCUGCGGGGCGGGGUGGAGCUGGGAUGUUCUCGCCGCUGGGGGCGGGGCUUAAGCUCCGGCAACCGCCUUGGGGUGUGGCAGGGAGGAGCUUCGGUGCAUGGGUGUGGCCGGCACUGCGCUGGGGCGGGGCCGCCCAUCUCUCCCCUCCCUGUGCCUCCGAGGUGGCCCAAGUCCAGCCCCAGGAUGCCCAGGCCCUGCCAUGUCCCUAGCCCGGCCUGGGUGGCAGGGCCCAGCUCCUGGGCUUCCUCCUGCCGGGUCCGCCCUUGGGGAAGCGUGCCCCAUACCCUCCAGGCCAGAGGCUUCCCCUGAUCCCUUUGGGCCCUACCCCUCUGGUGCUCUCGUGCCCCAGCCGGGGUCCCCAGGUAAGUAGGGGCUGAAUGCGGAUGAAGAGGCCGCUGGACAGGCGUGGCCAGGAAGGAAAUGGGACUGGAUUCCAGAGCACCACAUCUGGCCGCCAGAACUGGCCGUCUCCAUCCAAGGCACUGGGACCAUGGGUGCCGGAGCCACGUGUGGCCGAGGGCUGGCAGAGCCUGCCCCCCGGGGAGCACUGAGUCCUGGAGGUGGUCGUUUUUGAGGAGGGGGCUGUGGGGCUCGUCCCACCUGCCGCCUUCUGUCCAGCACUUGCAUGACACUUCCCUCUAUUUUCACUCUUGGCGGCCGCCCACACUUUGCAUUUCUCUUCCUUUCUUCUCGCUGUCCUCCAUCCUCCCCUCCAUCCUCCAUUCUGUCCAAC